GUCUGUUGGUAUCCCACAAUGCACCUGGGCUGCAGAAGGCGCGUUUAAUGCUGCUGCAGAAGGGCAGCGGGGCUUCGUGUAGCUAGCAAAACAACUUAGCGAAGCUAAGCAACUUUAUUAUUUUGUCGGUUAUUUUUCCACUCUGUAAUUCACACAUCAGCUCAUAGUGUUGGAGUGUGUGUGUGUGUGAGAGAGAGAGAGAGAGAGAGUGAGAGUGAGUGAGUCUCAGACUCAUUGGCAGUAUGGCUCCCUUCAGUUUGAUGACAGUCGGUGCUAAUCUUUUGGCCAGAUCUUGGGGUCUGUUUUCGAGUGCAGUUACAGUAAGGUGCGCUUGUGUCGCUCCAACAGUAAAGAACUUCAGCACUACAGCUGGUGGUCCUCCGAAAAGGCCUCUGACUGCAUACCUGCGCUAUGUGAAGGAGCAGCAGCCCGUCGUGGUCAGACAGAAUCCAGAUAUCAAAGUUGUGGACAUUGUCCGAAAGAUAGCACAGCAGUGGAGGACCCUUACACCAGAGGAAAAACAGCCCUUUGAAGAAGCAUCCCUAGCAGCUAGGGAGCAGUACAAAGUUGACAAGAAGGCAUACCAGGAUCAGCUCACGCCUGCCCAGUCUGCAGCGAUCGCAGAGGAGAAAAGACAGAAGGCGGCGAAAAGAAGAGCAAUCAGGAAGAAGAGGGAACUGAACAGUCUCGGCAAGCCCAAACGCCCCAGGACCGGCUUCAACAUUUUCAUGGCGGAGCACUUUGAAGAAGCAAAAGGAAGCACUAUGCCGGGCAAAAUGAAAUCACUGUUCGAUGACUGGAACAGACUGUCCUUGUCCCAGAAACAAAUAUAUAUGCAGUUAGCGGAAGAUGACAAAGUUCGGUAUAAAAAUGAGAUGAAGGCAUGGGAGGAGCACAUGACUGAACUCGGGAGGGAGGAUCUCGUUCGACGGAAAGAGUCGAAGCGUAAGAAGGCGGCGGCGGCUAAAGGUGGCAAAAAGAAAUCUAGAGUGAAAGUGUUGAAGGCCAAAGCGCCUGCCAAGAAAACAGCGGGGAAAAAGACUGCUGCUGCUGAAACAAAAAGUACAACGAGUAGCACUAAGAAGUGAGCGAGUGCUAUGUGUGGUGGGAAGGUAUGCGUUAAGAAAGUGUACACCGUCCUUAAUAAAACCGCUUUGGAAGGGCA